CUGCCAAAUAAAUUUCUCCAGACAGUUCUCUUAUGAAACUUUGACAAUUUUCCAUGUAUCUAAUGGAGACAAAUGGGUGAAAAUUCUCAACAAAUUUCUUUGUUUUAAAUAAUAUUAUACAAUUUAGGAUUAAAUAAAAUUAGACAUUUAUUCGUUCUAGAUGAAUUUUGACUAGAAUGAACUUCGUUUGAAAUAUCAGAAUGUCUACCAACUCUAGAGUUCUGAAGCGGUGCCACAGAGAGGCUACAACAAGUCUUUCAACUAUGACUGUAGGCUUUGGUUUCAACAACCAGCCGCACGCAUAAAAAGACCACCAGCUUAAAGUGAAAAAGCUGUAGCCGUAGCCUUGUUGUUUGUUGCCAUGAAAGGCCCUCUUUUCAUGGCAAAAUCAUAUCGGCAAGCAAAGAACGUUAAAAAACUUGCAUUUUAAGGGCACAAAUUUUUGAUAAUUACAAAACCAAAGCAUCAAAUAAUUCUACUUGACCUAAAUGCAAAAUUAACUUAUCUGAUAAACAAAGCUAGUGUCAUGUUCAAGGUCAUCAGAUAUAUAGCAAAGAGAACUGGAUUCAAGUUUUUCACCCUUUCUGUAGUAGAGAGCAACUGGGUGCAGUGUGCAGGAUUGCUGGCUCCAAUGGUAGCUCUGGACCUCAUCUUGAAUGAUAAACCUAUGAAGUUUUCAGCAAAAUCUAAGAAUAUUUUUGUCUGGUUUUCUUCAAGCUGCUCUUUACAUGUUUUUAGAUAUCUAGCUUGUGCUUUUGUGAUAUAUGAAUGAGUAGUGAUUUCACUCAACUUUUCAAUGAACUUUUUGACGUGCUCUGCUGAACUAACUGGGACAUGUCAACAUUGAUCCACUGCUGUAACUGAAUCUCAUAAUCUGCAUCAAUUUCCUUAUCAUCACUUAUCAUCAUGACCAUUCAAUAUCAAUAAGUGAAUUUGUGAAGUAUGUGGUUGGAUUUGAAGUGUCUGGGCAAUUAGAACAUCUGUGAUGCAUACAUUCCUUCGAGUUUGUAUCACAUACAAGCAAGCUCGCCAGUUUAUGAUAUUCCUUUUCCAAGUCAACUCCAUUCAGCAUCAAUGAAACAUUUUCAUGUAUUGCACAGACACAAACAGACUUGGUACCUGAACGCCCAACUAAGAUGCACCAUUUUGGUUGUAGACUGCAAAAUUUUGAAAAGCGGUUUUUUAAUUCUGGAUGUUGUUUCUUGAAGGCAACAUAGAGCUGAGUUAAAUAACACAGCAGCAGCCUAUUUUGCUGAAGAAUGUUUUCCCAAUGCUUACACCGUCUUUCUUGCCAGGCAUUUGUCUGCUGAACACAUCAUCUUUUAAAAAAAAAUUCAACACGGUUUCUUUAACAUAAUCACUUAUUGGUUUGCCAAGAUUGGGAAAAGGCACUUCUAGUAUACCCCUUCCUUGGGCAAGCUUUCUAGCCUGCCUGAUGAGGUAUUGCGAAACCUGGAAUUCAUCUUAUGUUCUCUGGCUAGACCAAGAGCAGGGUACCGUUGUCAGUAUAUGGGUUUCUCUUCACCUUUCUGGGACUUUUGUUUUCUCUUUCAUCAGCUGGACAAGAACAUCGAGAUCAUCAGCCUUCUAUUUAAGGACUUCAAAAUUGUCCUUGACCUUUUUUGCUGUUAAAUCUUCCAGUGUUACAUUGACAACUUCUGUUAUUCCUUUUUGCAAACAAGAUUCCUUCCCCUUGAAUUUUUCAUUCACUUGUCUCAGCUUUCUCUUUCCAUAUGCAACCUUCUAGUUUGAAGCUACAGCAUGCAGUUUCAUGGGGCUCACCUCCGUAUCAAUUAAGCUUGAAUCUAAGCUUUCGCUUGCUCUGCCUUUGGUCAAAUCAAACUCUACAUCACCAUCAUCAUUUUCUUCUAUAUCUGGCAUUAUAAUAAUGAAAAGGGCAUUAUAAUUUUGAAACGGCAAUAUGUAAAAUUUUUUUAUCAAAUGUCAGUCAUCUACAGCUGUUUCAUCCUAAAUAAUUUUUGUGAGCUGCACAAAGAUCUUGUAACUGAUGACUCAGAUCGAACAUGUUGUGUAGUAUGCCAGAAUUUUAGUUGCCUUUGCAGAAUAGAAGCAAUUGCUCAACUGCUUGGAAGCAUUUUUACACUUCAAACAAUUCUUCAGAUGAGUAUGGGUGUGUGUGUUUUAACAGCUAAAGUUAAGGGGACAUGAGAAACUACUGCAUUUCUUUAUAUUUUAAGUGAAUCUCUUUCUAACAUGUGUAAUAUAUUUUACAAAAAAAAAACAAAACCAAGGUUUUUCUUUAAAGAUAGCAAUUUUUGUAUGCAACUCAAUACAUUUUAUAACAAGGCCUUCCAGAAGUUCUACAUUUGCCUUAGAUUUACACAUAUUUUGUUCCUUAUAAUUUUGAUUGUUCAGUUCUUGUUGGCGUUUUAAGCCAACAUUCUGCAUAAACUCUGGGUGAAUACGACGUUCAAGGAUGACAUAAAACACUUUUGACAGAGAAGCGAAUUUAGAAUGGAUGAAUAAAGGAAGUGCUUUCUUUUUAUACUUUCUUAAAAUUCUCAACACAGUAUGACAUUAUAGCAUUCUUUCUCAUGUUUUUUUUAUUACUGAUUGAUGCAGUUGUGUAGUUAGCUCUAGUUAUAAUGUUAGUUCUUCAGUUUUUUUAACAGUUCAAGAUUAAUCACUGUUCUCUUAGACCAUUCCAUCACCAAAAAAGUUCAUAUCAAUAAUUAUUAAUAUUCUGAUGUUUAAUUGGUGCUUCUGAGGGACCUUUUUGAAUCAGAUUUUUGGUAAAGUCAAUGCUUAGUUAUAACAUUUUCAAUACAAAACAUCACCACUUCUUUGUUGAAAAUAUUUAUUUCCUAAACCAGUUUUUAGGGAUGCAGAUACUUAAGCAUUUACCAAAAUGCUAGAGAUAAUAUAAUUUAAAGGGUUCCUUUAUAUUGUCUUGAAACAUGUUUGACUGUUUGAAUUAUUGUUAAACUCCUACAUUGGAGCAGUGGCUCAAAUUGAUUGAUUAGUUUUCUGCUUAGCUCAAUAUCUUCUCUUUUUAACAUAGAAUCUUAUUUAAUAAUUGAGACCAUCUGCUUCUGAAAUGAGUUAUAUACUUGAUUGAUUUGCAUUUCGCCUUCCUUGUGAUACUGUUGAAAGGGCUUCUCUUUUUCUUUUAAAUUUACUCUUUCAUCUGCCCCAUCUUUCUCAUUGCAGCUAGAAAUUUCGUUUUGACUGCUCAAAGAUUCAGAAGAAUUUUUUUGAAUCCAAAGUGCGUAUGCCCGAUUUGUUACAGGUAACACUUUCCUUAGGCCAAACACUUCUGCUGCUGCUCCUGCUAUAUUUUCUGUCUUUUCAGCAGUUUUAUCAAAGCAAUUUAUGUAUUCCAACUCUCCAUUCCAGUUUAAUAGAUCAAAUUUUGGAUGUGCAUGAAUAAUGAACUAUUAAUAAGUAAGUUGUAAUUGUACAAUCUCACCUAUCUUUAUCUUUAUAAUCUUGAUUUUUGGUUUACGCUGCCUUAGGCCAUCGCCACAAUAUAAAACAAAUAUAAUGAGUUUUUGUGCCUCCUUUCUCCAGCCAAAUGAAAACUAACUUACUGAAAAUCUAUUUGAAAAGUAUAUACAUAAGAGGUGGUUAUGUACGUAAAAUAAAUAAGGUGGCGUGGGAAAGGAAGGGCUAGGCCGAGUGUAUAUGUUUUAUGAAUUGAGGUGUAGGUAGAUUUGUAGGAUUAAUGAGGGCCUAAACAAAAGACAGGAAAUGUUGACAUAGUGAUAUGUUCGUGGAAUGCAGUGAAGAAAUUCCUGUAGGUAAAAUAAACAAAUUAAAAAUCAGAAUGAAUGGAAUCACUACACCAGCAAAAAGACUUCUUGCAUUUGGCAUCAAAUAAGCUGGACAUAAUUUGCUUAAAUCUUCCACAUCUUGCAUCUCUUCAGUUCUUUGAAAAGCGUUGCUUGUGCUCCUUUGCGUUCUCCAGACAUCGUUGCAGCAAAGUUUUAGAUUGAAAUACAAUGUAAUCACAAUUUGUUAAGGACAGAGGUAUCUAUUGUUGCCAAUACAGCCUUUGCAUGCCCUAAACCAUUCUUAUCUUUGAGCUCUUUUACUUUUAUCAGGCUUUUUUCUGCCUCCUUAUUUAGAGCUUACAAAACAUACAGUACAUAACAGGCAAUCUUUGAAAUUUUUGUCAGUAAGUAACUGGAUAAAAAUGUUUUGGGACUACAAUAGCUGACAUGAAAAAGUCUUGAAUAUUUUUCAUCUAACCAGCAUUUCAAUGUUUGUGAAUGUGGUGCCCUCAGUUUGAGAAGCUGGAAGAAAUAACAAUUCUCUAUGCUAUCACCUCUGAAAGCUAGACCUUUUCUUGCCUUUGAAAGACAGGGACUUAACUUAGAGAUGCCUUAGAAAAUCCAUUUGUAAACUCAAUAUUGAAAGUAAAUUAGAUAUGUCCCUCAUGUACUCUACAAAUAUUUGUGAUUGAGUUGCACAACUUUUAAAAAGAAUUUCAAUGAAAGCUUCGAUCUCAGCUUGAAAUAAAAUGACGUUUAGUGUUUCUGGCAAUGGCUUCUGGUUCUCAAUCUCUUUCACCGCCCUUAACUUUUCCUGUUCAAAAAAUCAAGAAGGUUUGUAUUCUGGUCAGCACAAACACAAUAUUUUCAAUACAUAUCAGCUUUCAUCAUACACUAUAAAAUCAUUUUAUUAAAAUUAGCAAAGCACAAAAAUACUCUUUAAACCGAUCCCUUAACAAGAUUUGAGAAGAAAAAGUGAGUGAAUGAUUCAAACUUUAAAGGGUUUCAAAAGAUACCUAAGUGGCUUAAAGGUCAUAUGAAGACAAAUGCCAAUUUUAUAAUUUUUAACUGUAUCAAUAUCAACGCAAACUGAUUUCUCUUUUGUUAAUUCCCCAAAAUACCUUCCAAUUGAUUUUGAAAAGAUGGAAAAUGAUAUAAUGGAAUCAUUCAUCAAAAGUGACACUCUGCUAACUGAAAGUCAAGAUCUAUCAGCCAAAAGAAUUGAAUUAGAAAAUCAUUGGAACCGGUGGAGUUGCACCUUGCUCAAGUUAAACUGUCUAUUUCUUCAUUGAAAAGUUAAAGUCUGAUAGUUCUGCAGCAAGGUUUUACACUGGUUUUACAAACUUUCCAACACUGAUGUCAACAUUUGAAAACUUGGAACCCAAAGUUAUGCAAAUGCAACUGAAAGUUGCUUUGUUCGUUGAUGAUUUAGCUGAUCAUUUUGAAAUUUCUUCAAGUCAGGUUUCAAAAAUCUUUACAACAUUGAUUUGUUUUCUCUACCAUGAACUGAUACUGCUUUUCAAACCCCUUUCUCAAGAGGUUGUUCGUCAAGCCAUGCCUGCUCAAUUUAAAGACUUCCCAACAACAAGAUUAAUAAUAAUUGAUUGCACAGAAAUAUUUGCAGAAGUUCCAUCAUCUAUGAAAGCACAGUCACAAACAUGGUCUGAAUACAAGCACCAAAAUAAAUGGAAAGUUUUGAUUGGCAUAUCACCUUCUGGCCUAAUUACCUUUAUGUCAAAGUUGUGGUCAGGUAAGGUCUCUGAUAAAGAAAUCACUCCAAAGUCAGGCGUUCUAGCACUUCUUGAGGAUGGUGACAAUCUUAUGGCUGACUGUGGCUUUAAUUUCAAAGAUAUUCUUCCUCCUGGUGUGCCUCUAAACAUCCCACCUUUUAAGGGUUCACAAGCACAACUCAGAAUGAAUGAGACUGAAGAAACUGCUCGCAUUGCUUCUGUACACAUUCAUGUGGAGCGUGCCAUUGGAAGAGUGAACAAUUACCAUAUCCUGGAUGAUGUCCUUCCAUUAUCAUUGCAUUCAACGGCUAAUCAGAUUGUCACUGUUUGCUGUCUACUUACAAACUUUUUGCCAAUUUGAGUUGAACCUAAUGAUAACAAAUGAAGUACUUCUGUAUAUAUCUAUAAACUUUCUAUACAUUUAUCUAUCUUUGUUUUAGCCAUGUUACAUCUAUUCUGUAUGCAUAGGAAACAAUGCUUUUUUGUAAAAAUUAUAUAUGUUCCAAUACUUUAGAACAUACACAAUGUUAAACCUACCCUGUAUGUAUAGUAUAUGAUUAUAUUUUGUAAAAAUUAUACAUGUACCAAUACUAUACAGCAUACACAAUGUUUACUUGAAUACAUAUUUAGCGAUGAAAAACUCUUUAAAAAGGCUUUCAGAAACUAUCAUGUUUAGCCAACGAGAUUGAAAAAUGUUGCAAACAGGAUUUAUUUUCUGCGUGUAUAUCUUAAUAGUGGCGUAAAUGGGAAAAUGCGUGAUGCUGGUCAUGGCAGCACGGGAUUGCAGGCGCAAACACUCCACAUUCAUGGAAACACGAGGUCAGUGGUUGAAUCAGAAAAUGUCAAGAACAGGUUAGGUGUGGGGAAGAGACUAGCAUUAAAAAAAGUUCGAAAAGAUAAAGGAGUAGCUAUCUAUCAGUAAAAGUAUCGAUUUCUAUCAUCUAUCUAUACCUUCUUUUCUAAAUAAAAGCAAUGACACGAAAUGGAAGUCACUACAAUUCCACCUCCUGGAUUGUAGUGGAAGUGAAUAACAAGCAAAAUUGCCGCGAGAAAAAAUGUCAACUAACUAAAAAUCUAGCUUUUGCUACAAUAUGAAAUUAUCACUGCCGACUUUGCAAAACUAUAAGGUUUUACAUGGUAACUUUCUUUCAUUGUGAAUUUAUUGCCUAUUUUGGCAGGGCAGAGGACUUUAGCCAGCAGUUUUAUCUUAUGAAUUCUUCCUCGUUGAUUGUAGUUGAAGUGAAUAACAGGCAACAUUGCCGCAAGAAAAAAUGUCAACUUAUUAAAAAUCUAGCUUUUGCUAGAACACAAAAUUAUACUGAAACUAAAUUCUCAAUCAUUUCAAGUGGGAGCAAAUUCGAAGCUUUGGUACAUGCGUUAAAGUACUUUUUAAGAAACUUUUCAACAAAUGUGCAAAAUUUCUCAAGGCAAGCGACUGGGGCACAAGCUAUAAUGGUGUCUGUCUUUCAUGUAAUGAAAAUGGCUGUCAAAAAGGUAAUUGUUUUUAUUUUUUAUAAUGAUGGCCAUCGCUUUAUCAGGGUGUAUUAUCAAAACAAUCGCAACCUUUCUCUUUUGUGAUGAUAACCUCUCUAUUUGCCUAACAGAUCUUGCAAGUCCAUCACAGCCUUCCGUGGCUCGGACAUAUACAAACCAAGGUGACCGAGUUGUAUGAUGUCUUCAACAUACAUGUUUUAGUUCCCGUCUAUUUUUGGUAAUAUUCUAUAAAGAGCAUUGCCUCCAUUGAUAAUUCUUAUGUAUUGUCUGGCAAGACUUUCGUGGUUAUCAUUGACCAUCAAAAAAGAAUCAUUCAACCAAUGAAGACAGGCAAUCGCGGAAAUGACACAGCAGGAAUUGAUUCCGUCAAACAUAUUGAUGUCGUUAUGAUUAGUCAGUCCUGGCUGACUGUAUUUCUACGGCAGACUUAUUUUGGUGACAGACCCAAUUUUAAAGACAGAGAGAUCAGUUUCUGUUAUAUCGGGACUGAAAGAUGAUGUUAAGUGCCAUGAACAUCCACGAGGUACUUUUAUGCCCUCAUUGGAGCAAACUUUCCCAGACCUGUUAAAUUUUCUUUUGCUUUUUCUUCCACUGUGGCCACGUGAUGAGUGCAUGCAUUUUUUAGAAUGGGAAGGCCUAGUUUGCCCAUCCACUUUAAUAAUCGCUGUCUUUUCUCUACUAUUAUCGGGUUUUGCAGGUUUUGAGGAGUCUUAACUUGCACGAAAUUUUGCGGAUUAUAUCAUUAGAUUUUUCUUCGAAAAUAUCAUCAAGGGGUCAUUCCAUGUCAAUGUGAAACAGUCACAUAACCCACCACCUCAGAUUUUGAUGAUUUUUGGUCGACAUGUUGAAAACCAUGACAUAAACAUAAACUGAAAAUUUCAUCUUCAUAUCUUUUACUAUUAAAAAGUUAGACGGGUUUGAAAUUUUAAUAAUUUUGGCACAUUAUUCAAUGAUCUGCCACUUUGAAUUUUUGCUACUAUUUACUUAAAUUAGAACCAAUGAAGAAAUGAUACAUUUAAAAUGAAAAUAAACCAGACAAGCUAAUCAACUAUGUAGAUGUCAAAAACAUGAUCAAAAAUUUCCAGUCACAAACAAAAGUCAUUCUAAAUAUAGAAAAAGAAGGGGAAUUUGUUGCCAUGGCAACAGCCGGUGAGGAUAAUGGUGUGAAUUUCAUCAUGUUGCUUAAGUUGGAAUUAUUUGAGUUUUUAAAUUUGAUUAGAGUACUAAAGGAACAAGUAAGAUAGAAAAAAACUGUUAGGGUGUUUUCUUCCUUUAUUGAAAUAUGGCAUGUUAAAAAUUGCCCAAAAUUAGCAUUUUCAUGCAACAAUCAAAGUAAGAUAUUCUCUCUCUUUUAAGCAAUGAUAAUUCACUAAAUCUAAAUCAAUACUGAAAUUCUCUGUUUGGAAAUCUUCUGUAUGCUUGUUUUGUUUUUCUAUCUUUAAUUCAGCUUGCUUUUAAUAUACUUUCAUUAUUUAGCUUCAAGUUUACAUUUUGCUAACGCUGAUAGAGAUUUGCCAGUCUUGGAUAGGAAAAGAUACAUAUUGCACUGAUUUACAUGAUAUACUGAUGAUGUAUAUUAAUUGUUUGAGCUCGUCAAGUCAGGUGUAGUUAAAAAAAUUUUGCCCUUGAUUUGAUGACAUUUCCUAUUUGCUCAUUUUGAUUUUGCUAAUUUUCUCUUUCAAAUCUAAUUCAAAGAAUUUAUAUUAGCUAUAAAACUGUCUAUAAUAUUUAGGAAAUUCUUUUAUUUUUCAAUCCUGCCAUUGGUCUGCUAUUGGAUUCAAUUCAAGUGAAAUUCCUUAGAGAUUGUAUUGCUAAGACAGCUAUUGCUGCUCCUUGAUAAUCCUCUUAAGAUCUAUUUUGUAAUUUUCACAUCUUUCUAGGGUGUGUCAAAACUACAUUGUCUGCAAUACAAAAAGUUUUCCUUUUAAAGAUCCUGCAACUACAAUGUGAAAUUGAAAAGUCCAGUGUUAAUGUUUGCAAUGCUUUUUUUUAUUAAUUGUCACCUCUUUGAAUUAUUUAAGUAAGCAUUUCACAAGAAUUUAAAAUAGUUUCAUUGCAAUGCUUUUUUUAUUAAUUGUCACCUCUUUGAAUUAUUUAUGUAAGCAUUUCACAAGAAUUUAAAAUAGUUUCAAAGACACAGGAAUUACAUCAUAAUUAUCAUUGUGAAGAAAACAAGUUAAAAAACCCAAUGAGAGGGAUGUUGGUCAUUUUUCAGUUUACUAUUGCCCUGUUAGACUACUGCUCCUUAUGGCAACUCAUAUUGGUAACUCUUGUUCAAUUGGAAACUCAUUGGGAGAUGCCUGUCAUUUGUUAACCUACAGUAGAACAACUGGUCUUAAAACCAUUGAAUCUCUGCCGAAAAAUGUCAGAGAACUGAUAUUUUGGAGGUCCGAAUUGUCCAUUUUGAAUGUUAAUGCAAAUAUAUGCUACCACCAUGAAUAUAUGCUGACUACAAGAUUCCAAAUGAACUUUACUCGUUGCGCUGACCCAUUCAAAAAACACAGAAAGCCUGUGAAAGGUUUGUAGAAAUAUUUCAAAUUCACAUUCAAUUUUUUUUAUUUUUAAUAAAAAUCCUGCUGUACAUAAUCUCUUUUAAAAUACUGGUAAAAUUUCGUUAAAUAAUGGUUUUAAUGAGUUACAAAUGUGGUGUAGUUUUUGUGAAGAUUUUUGUUUGAUGACUGGAUCAGGCUAAUGAUUUUUCUUAAAUAUAUAUAUUUUAUUUUUGUAUAAAUAAAAAUUUUCGAAACUGAAGCUUGUAUAUUUAUUUCAAAAUGCAUUUUUUAUUCUUAGGUGGAUUGAAAGAAGUAAAGUUGUCACUGGCACAGUACAUGGUCACAAUUGGUUUUAUGAUUGUUCCUGGAGACAAACUAUGUCCCUCUUGUUUAAAGGAAAUUAAUGACCUGAAACUGGAAGUAGAGGGAAAGCAGAAUUCACCAAUGGCAGAGGACAACAAGUUGAUUGAAAAGUUAGAGCAAGACACAUUGAAGAAGAGAGGGAGUUGUUGCAUAAAACGCUAACUACUCUUGAUGUUUCACCGAUGAAAGUGCAUUCUCUGCCAAAAUCAUCAAAACUUAAGCGAGGGAAAAGAAAGUUGCGACAGAUAAAUGAAGCCGCUUCAAAGAAGGUUGCAGCAAUACUAAAUGUGGAACCAGAUGAUUUAGAGGAGUCAGAUGAAGGGAAAGAGCAGAUCGAGGAAUUUAUCCAGAAAGCCAGCGACUUAGACUUUUUGGUCAGUCUCAUGAAAGAAAAAUUGGAGGUUUCAUGUCGACGGGAGAAAAUCCAAAUUCUAACACUGAUUCCUAAUUCUUGGUCAGUACGGAAGGCUUCAAACAUAUUUCAAGUACCUGUUUGCAUGGUCAGGAAGGCAAGAGAAAUAAAAGAAGAGAAAGGGAUUCUUGGUAUGCCAGACAAAGUGACUGGCAAGAAAAUUAAAGAGGUGUUGUUAAAUGCUGUUCAAUCUUUUUAUUGCAGCGAUGAAAACAGCCGACAACUUCCAGGAAAGAAAGAUUUUGUGAGCCUUGGACAAAAAAGACAUAUGCAAAAGCGACUUCUUUUAUGCAACAUAAAAGAGCUAUAUUCCUUGUUCAAGGCUGAUAAUCCUGCUUUCUGUAUUGGGUUUUCCAAGUUUGCAAGCUUAAGACCAAAAUGGUGCAUCCCAGUUGGUCCCAAGGGGACACAUUCUGUGUGUGUCUGCACUUCUCAUCAGAAUCUGAAGCUUCUUCUUGAUGCUGCAAAUUUAGGACACCAGUACCAUGACCUGAUUGAUAUGGUAGUCUGUGACAGUACUUCCAGAGGAUGCAUGAUUCACAGAUGUGCACGAUGUCCUGGAAUUGAAAAUGUUGAAGAUUGCUUACGCAAUAUCUUCACAGAAUCAACAACAUUUGAAGAAGGCAAGGAGGUUGAAGAUGAAGAUGAUUUUACUGAAGAUACAGUCACUUUCCAGCAGUGGACAACUGUGGACAGAGCUGAACUGGUUUCCCAAACUCUCCCAGUUCCUGAUUUUAUUGAUAAGUUGUGUUGCCAGCUAGAUCAAAUAACCAGCCAUUCGUUUAUUGCAAAGUCGCAAGCUUCUUAUUUGAAGAGGUUAGAAGAAACUUUGAAUAAGGACAAAGUUAUUGUUUUACUGGACUUUGCAGAAAACUUUCAAUUUGUGAUCCAAGAUGAGGUCCAGGGCUAUCACUGGAACCAGAAGCAAUGCACAUUACAUCCGGUAGUCAUUUACUACAAAGAAAAUAAUGGAGUCAUUGGAUCAACAUCAUUAUGCUUUUUAUCCGAUGACCUGGAACAUGAUGUGCAUUUCGUGUAUAAUGUGUUGAAAGGCACUGCACAUCAUAUCAGGGAAAUGAUAUCAAUGGACAUAAAGGUUGUCCAUUACUUUUCUGAUGGUUGUGCAGGCCAGUAUAAGAACUGCAAGAAUUUUUUAAACUUGUGCCACCAUAAGGAAGACUUUACAAUUAGUUGUGAGUGGAAUUUCUUCGCCACCAGCCAUGGUAAAUCCCCAUGUGAUGGGAUUCGAGGUACAGUUAAGCGUUUAGCUGCUCAAGUCAGCCUGCAACGACCAAUGAAAAACCAAAUUAUUUCUGUUGAGGCAUUAUUUCAAUUUUGUAAAACAGAAGUCAAAGGAAACUUCUAUUACAUUACAAAGGAGGAAAACAACUUGACAAGAAAAGAUCUUGAGAAACGCCUGACAGCUGCAAAAACGAUUCCAGGAACUAGGGGGUUCCAUCAAUUUGUACCGCAAUCCAAAGCAUUGAUUGGAGCAAAAACAAUAUCAGAAACCCCUGAAUUUGAUGUCAAGUUUGAUUUCAAUCUAGCUGUCAUUUAACCUCAUGACGAUAUUGAAAUCGGGGAUUAUCUUGUGUGCAGGUAUGAUACACAUUGCUGGGUUGGAGUGACUAUUGAAGUCAGAAGUGAGAAUAAAGAUGUUGCCAUAAAAUUUUUGCAUCCACAUUUGCCAUGUGUAUCAUUUAUGUGGCCAAGGCGUGUUGACGUAUGUUGGGUGCCAACAUCAAACAUUCUGAAAAAGGUACAACCACCAAAACCAUCAACGAUGACUGGAAGGCAAUACACCUUUGAACCAAAAGAUGCUCUUGAAAUAGAACUGUAGACAAUAUGUAUAUAAUUGAGCAUUUUGUAGAUUUUAAUGUACAUAAUUUGUCAAAUAAUUGAAAGUUUGUUGCAUUGAUAUCAAUUGACACUCAGUGAAUAUGACCUUUUUGAAUCAUAUAUCUGUAAGAUGUUGAAGUCAGAGCUUUAAAAGAUGCACAACACUGUUUUCUUUAGAUUUAGUGAAUUAUCAUUGCUUAAAAGAGAGAGAAUAUCUUACUUCGAUUGUUGCAUGAAAAUGCUAAUUUUGGGCAAUUUUUAACAUGCCAUAUUUCAAUAAAGGAAGAAAACACCCUAACAGUUUUUUCUAUCUUGCUUGUUCCUUUAGUACUCUAAUCAAAUUUAAAACUCAAAUAAUUUACAUGUCCUGUACAAAUGUUAUGGAAAGCAUGCCAACAACCUUCAAGUGAACAGCAUGGUAAAUUCACCCUACAUUGCUGUUAUGAUGGACGACACAAGUGAUUCAAGCAAUGUUGAGCAGUCAGCAAUUUCAGUUAGACUUGUUGAUAAUAGUAAUGUAGAAGAACAUAGGCUUGGUCUGGUUGAUGUCUCCAAAGAUACAUCAGCAGAUGGUUUAACUAAAAUUCUCCUGGACACCCUAAGCUCAUUCAAUUUUACCUCAAAAACAUGAGCAGAGAAGCUUAAAGGACAGUCCUAUGAAGGGACUGUAGUAAUGAGUGGCCAGGCCAGUUCAGCAGGGUGCAAAGACAAAUGUAGGACAAGUUUCCAUCCAUAUAUCAUCAGAACUGCAUAGUUAUAAUAUGCACUGGCACAGAAUGGCACUCUGCGCAUCUAAAACUGCAGGUAAAAUCCCCAAGAUCGCAGAAUUUUUCAGCACAGUUGACAAAUUGAUAACUUUUUUUAUAUCUAGCCAAAAACGAACAUUGGUUCUUGGGCACUGCUUGCCAAAACCAGGAAAAACAAGAUGGCUUUCUUACGAUACUGCAGUGACAAUACUAGAUGUAUGGUAUGAGACAAUCGGCAAUGCUUUAUAUGAGUUUUCAACUGAUACCACCCAGAAAGCUGAAAACCAGGCUAAUGCAAGGCGCCUUUGCAAACAGAUUCAAGAAAUUGAUUUCAUCUUUUUACUGAAACUGUACAGAAAAUUAUUUCAUUACUGUACACCAAUCAUAAAGUUAAUGCAAAAUCCAUCUUUUGACGCUAUCCAACUUGCUUCUAUGCUUGACCACUACCAGCAGGUCCUACAGUUGUAUGACUCGAGUCAGACAUGGGCAGAUGCAUUAAGCAUGGAUCCAUCUCUGCCAUAUAUUCGCACUAGAGGAAGUGGAGGGGAGUAGAGCAAAAAAUGGAUAGUUUGGAGAGCUGGCGGCAAUCUCUGCAGAAAGUUGCUGCAAACCUUACGCAAGAAUGUUCAAAGCAGAUUCAAUGGAGGUUUGAAAAUCUAAUAAAGUUCAAGUGGGAAUCGAUCUUGUUCAUCCAGUUAAAUUUAACCAGCACAGGAUAGCUACUGUCAACGACAAAAGGGCCCUAAUUAGCGAAUUAAAAGAGUUAUAUCCAUUUGUUGUACCUGAUACAGUGGAUCUUGCUAAAAACAGAAGAUAUCAGGUAAGACAAAGAGUUCAGAGGUAUGGACAAAAUGAGUGAUUAUAGUUCACAAAAUUCAAACAUUGCAACAAUUGAUGUGAUUGAAUGUUUCAGUUAAUGAUUUGAUUAAAUAAACUGCUUAUAUUAUUGAUCGUAUUUUUGAAGUUAACUUUUAAAAUUAUUAUUUAUUGAAGGAAGAUUUUAUUCCCAAAGUUAGAGAGGGAUAUGAUGUCUGAGCGAUGACAUUGAACUGUUUGAUUGACAUUUAGAUGUUUAAAUGAUAUUGAUAGUAGCAUGUGACAGAGAUAGAUCACAAAUACAGAAAAGGUAAUUCUCUUGGAUUUCUCUACAUCAUGGGUCUCAGCCCCUCAUUCAAAGACACUAUAAAUAUUAUGCUGGUUAUUGUGUUUUCUAGGAGUGACCGGCCAAGGUAAAUCUAGUAAUUCUGCUUCACGCAUUACCAAUAGAGAUAUAGUCUGCUUGAUGCAACUUUUGUAGUGUUUUAAUCCAGAGGACUGCUACUGUUUGGCCAAUUCAUGCUGACGUUCUCGGAUUUGGGAGGGGUUUAAAUUAAUUAUCAUUGUACCUUAACAAAAGUUGCAAAAUAUAAACACCAAAAAGGUAAUUGAAUGACUGCAUUUGACUUUGUAUCCCAAUUAUUCUACAUCAGAUUUAACCCUUCAAUUCCUUAUCCAGAUGUACAUCUGGAUAAGACCACGUGACCGAUACCCUAGCUGAAAAUAUUUUAUUUUGGAGCUCCAAGGCAACAUACCCUCCUUAACUUAUGCUAAAAUUGCUCAAAUAUGAUUGGACAGUUAGAAAAUUAUACUUAUUUUAUUAAUUUAUGCGCUUCUUUCGUAUAAAUAUCCCAGACAACAUGGGCCUGUAACCGCCAUCUUGACUGAUCUUGUUGCGUAUGUCGUGAAUGAGGCGUGUUUUUCAAAAUUGAUUUUAAAAUGGAUAAUGGUACGGACUUGACUCAGAAGAUGAAUUUGAGAUCGACUGUGCCUUAUUAAGUGGUAGAGAGGUAGAAAUUCGGUUUGUAGCACCGCUGACGGAAAGAGUGGACGAACCAAGACGAAGGAAGCCCCGCAGGAAGCGACAAAGAGAAGAAAAUCCUCAAACUUCGAAUGAGAGUGGAUCGCAGAGUCUGGCUGGUUCAGGACAUCCAGUUGAGUUGGACGAUGAGUUGGACGGAGCUGUAGUAGUCGAUGAGAUCCAUGACGAGUCAGAAGUUAGUGAAGAGGAGUAUCAGGAUAGUGAUUGUAGUUUGGCAGAGUCUCUAGGCUACACAGGUGAUAGGGAACAGAAAUGGCUUCCACCACAUAAUGUAAGCAGUGUUGGCCCAAAAGUAGUUUGGGCGAGAGGCAGUGCCCCUUGUAGAGCCUUAGACUUUUUCUUGCUUUUUUUUUCUUUUGAUCUGAUGGGAACCAUAAUUGAAAACUCAAACAUUUAUGCUGUGUAUGGUCAAGGAAUAGGUCAAAGCUACAUGUCCCAGGACCAUGGUUGCCAUGUGUGGAG